CGGGGCUAUAAGAGGCCGCAGGGUUCGGCCCCGCCAGCGCUGCCAUGGCACCCGCACCCACACUGCUCCUCGCCCUGCUCUGUGCCACCCCAGGGCUGGGGGGGCCGGGGGGGCGCUGCGGGGUGCCCCCCGCCACCUGGUGCCAGAGCUGGGAGACAGCGCUGCGCUGCGGGGCCCUGGGGCACUGCGCCCGCCACGCCUGGGCACCCCCGGACACGGACGUCUGCGCCGACUGCCAGCAGAUCGUCACCCUCCUCGCCCGCAUGGCCAACGAGUCGGCCACCAAGGCGGCCGUGGAGGGUUUCCUGCGGCGGGAGUGCGCGGCGCUGCCGGUGCCCACAAUGGUGCCGGGCUGCCAGACCCUGGUGCACGAGUUCUUCAGCCUCCUCCUCGCUGACCUUGAGGGGCACCUCAAGCCCUCGGCCGUCUGUGCCCGCCUGGAGCUCUGCCCGGGGGAGCCGGGGGGGACCCCGGCCGUGCCCCCCCUCGUGGCACUCGGCACCCGCCUGCAGGUCGCCGCCAGCGAGGCCCUGCCCGUGCCGUUGCCGCUGUGCUGGCUGUGCCGCACCUUCCUGGCCCGCGCCGAGGCCGCCAUCCCCAAGGAAAAGUUGGCCGUGGCGGCGACACAGCUGUGCCGGGUGCUGCCGGCGGUGGUGGCGGGCGCUUGCCAGUGCCUGGCGCAGCGGUACGCGGUGCUGGCGCUGGAGGGGGUGCUGGGGCGCCUGGUCCCCCGCCUGCUCUGCCACACGCUCCUCGCCUGCCGCCCCGAGGACGGUUACCCCUCGUUGUCCCCUCCCCGGCAUCCCCUCGGGGACACCGCGGCCCCACCGGCGGGCGCUUGUGCCGGCACCGAGGACCUCCUCGCACUGUCCCCAAAAGUGGGGCCCUGUGCCCUGGGUCCCACCUACUGGUGCUCCAGCCCUGAGGCCGCCCGCCGCUGCCAGGCCCUGCAGCACUGCCAGGAGCACGUCUGGAUGUAGGAGGGGGGACAGGAGAAUCCCCCUCACCCCCAGCCCCCAAAUAAAGCUUGGAUACCGCCCUG